AUGCUCGCACCAUCUUUGGCUUAUUCGAUGGACGUGAAUGCGCUGAACUAUUGCCGCUUUGCUCUGCUACCACUUCCCCGUGACGUAGCGUCAGAAUCCGCGCCAGAUGCUCUGAUCGCCUUACCAAACCUGAUCGACUCUUCAACGGUGAUUUGGCUUUACUUUGUGACCUCGUCAUACCAUGCUGCUAUUGGCCAGGAAGGCAACAAGCCUGUCUUUUCCGCCAAGCCGACGACAGGGCGAGGCAGAGCAGGAAUCAUAAUGUCCAUUCACCUGUACCUGGCCGCGUCAUCGGAAAUCAGCUCCAGCCCGCCUACAAGUGACCUACGCUUGCUAUGCCAAACGACAUCGAUCGAAGGCCAGGGUUGGGAGACAAUCUGGACUACAAAGUCGCACGUCGAAACUAUCAUGUCCAUGGCUGUAUCGAAGAACAACGCUUUCGCACUAACAACCUCGGCAGACCAUCUUGUGAAUCGUUAUGAAUUAUCGGAAAAUGGAAACCCGGAAUGUUCAGUCCAUCGAAUCAAGAACGCGGGUAACUCUUGCAUAGCAGUACGAGACGACGGGAAAGUGUGUGCCGUUGGUGGAUGGGACGGAAACAUCCGCUUGUUUUCCACCAAGUCCUUCAAGCCACUAGGCACAUUGAAAUACCAUCGGACAGGCUGUCAGGCGCUGGUAUUUGCGCGCAGUAUCCCGCUCUUCGAUGGCGUCAAUGACGAAGGCGACGAAGACUUCGACGAAACGGACAAAGCAAAUCGCGCUCGAUGGUUGGUGGCUGGAGGCAAAGACAAUCGCCUUUCAGUUUGGACAUUGAUGGACUUCAGCAAUCCAUGA